AAACAAAAAAAAAAAAAAGAAAGAAAAUAUUAGCGUAUACUUUGCCAAAAGGUUUUCGCUGCAACAAAAACUGAAAAUCGACAAUCCACUGAAUUGAUACCGCUUUGGAUUUCUUCCUUCAAAGCCACUUGUUUUCUGAAUCUCCCCAAAUUUGAAAUUUCUUGCGCUGUUACCCGUCGUUUGCUUCCAUUCUACCUGCCGUUUUUGGCAAAAUUCCUGUUCACACUCACCAAAUCCCGAUCAAUCAAAUUAGAAAAUACAUCGAUUCUAAUUCAGAUUCGCAAAAACACAGACGAAAAAAAAAAAAAAAAAUUCGUUUCGUCAAUAUCUGGUUCGGCAGAUGAGGAUACUGUCGCCAGUUUGUGAUAGAUUUUGAUUUUUAUAUUUUAGUACUUAAAUGGGCGAUCUUCGAGCUUGGUCACCCGAACCGAACGGCGUCGUUUUAGAGGAAAGGCCGUCGUGGUCGUCAUCAUCGCAGGGAAACCAAACGGUUAUUAUCAGUGCUGAGUAUUGGCAAAAAGCUGAGGAUUUGACUCAAGGAAUUAUAGCCCAGGUUCAGCCAACAGUUGUUUCUGAGGAGAGGAGAAAAGCUGUUAUUGAUUAUGUGCAGAGGCUAAUUAGAAAAUCUAUUGGUUGUGAGGUCUUCCCAUUUGGGUCAGUUCCACUGAAAACUUAUCUUCCUGAUGGAGAUAUUGAUUUGACAGCAUUUGGUGGUAUGAAUGUUGAGGAGGUGCUGGCCAAUGACGUGUGUUCUGUACUUGAAAGGGAAGAUAAGAACAGGACUGCUGAGUUUAUAGUGAAGGAUGUCCAAUUAAUCAGGGCAGAGGUUAAGCUCGUAAAAUGUCUCGUACAGAACAUUGUGGUAGAUAUCUCUUUCAAUCAGUUAGGAGGACUUUGUACUUUAUGCUUUCUUGAGAAGGUUGAUCGCCUAAUUGGCAAAGAUCAUCUUUUCAAACGCAGCAUUAUACUGAUUAAAGCUUGGUGCUACUAUGAGAGCCGUAUUCUUGGUGCUCAUCAUGGCUUGAUAUCUACCUAUGCUUUGGAGACUUUAGUUCUAUAUAUCUUCCAUCUCUUCCAUUCAUCGUUAAAUGGUCCUUUAGCUGUUCUCUAUAAAUUUUUGGACUAUUUUAGCAAAUUUGAUUGGGACACCUACUGCAUCAGUUUGAAUGGUCCAGUCCGAAUAUCCUCCUUGCCAGAAGUUUUGGUUGAGACACCUGAAAAUGGUACAUGUGAUCUACUGCUUACUAAUGAUUUUCUCAAGGAAUGUGUGGAUACAUUUUCAGUUCCUGCAAGAGGAUACGAGACAAACUCACGAGCAUUUUCCCCAAAGCAUCUUAACAUUGUUGAUCCAUUGAAAGAAAAUAAUAAUCUUGGCCGGAGUGUAAGCAAAGGAAACUUUUACCGAAUAAGGAGUGCUUUCUCUUAUGGGGCUCGAAAGCUUGGGCUAAUCCUUUCUCAACCAGAAGAAAUUAUAGCUGCAGAACUGUCAAAAUUUUUUUCAAAUACUUUGGAUAGGCAUGGAAGUGGACAGAGGCCUGACGUUCAAGAUCCUGCACCUUCAGAGAGUCAGCAUGGCUUUGCUGCUGCAAUUUCAUUUUCUGGUGCAGAGACAAAUCAAGAAGAUCAGACAAUUUGUGAAUCAGAAUCUUCUGAUUCAAGCAGCAUACUUGGAGAAUCUAGAUUGGAUCAAGAGCAACCUUUGCAUGGAGACAAUGUUAAGAUAUCGGGAAGGAAGAUCUAUUUUAGCAGAACUGUUAAUGAACUGCAAAAUUGUGCAAAUGAGGCUGCUGUUUCAGAAUUUCGUCUUUUUGGUGAUGCAAAAGACCUAGCAACUUUUAAAAUGCAAGGUCUUUCAAUUGCAAAGGAUGCACUUAAAUUUUCUACUCCGAGUGUUGAAGAGAGUAUAUCUCCUAUAGGUAAAGCACAUCAUGCACCUCAUCUCUGUUUCUCUUCCUCAGUCAUGGGGAAUGGGGAAAUGAUAAAUGAUUGGAAACAUCUAGAAUGUUCUGGUUCUAAGGAGAAGAGGGUGUCAUCUGGGAUUCAGCCAGCACUGGCUGAGGAUAUGGUCCGUGCUGUCAACAAUGACUGGGAAGACAAGCAGUUUGCUAGUCAUGAGGCUUUAUCCCCUGUUGAAUCAACAAACCAUCCAUUACUCUGUAACUCAGUAGCUUGGUCCUCUGAAGACCUUUAUCCCAGCCAUUCCAGUAAUCGACCUUGUGCUGAUACUGCUGGAUGCCCUGAAGCCUUCAAUUCCUUGUCAGAUCUUGGUGGAGAUUUUGAGAGUCAUCUAAACAGUUUGCAUCUGGGCCGGUGGUGGUAUGAGUAUGCAUUUAAUGCAUCUGUUGCUUCCAUUUGUCCACAGCUGUUUCCUCAGUUCCAGAACAAGAAUUCAUGGGAUGUAAUAAGACGGUCGGUGCAGUUUAGGCGGAAUGCUUUCUCUCAGAUGAAUGUCAACGGUGUUGUCUCAAGACCAGUUUUUCCCCCCAUGAACCCUCCUUUGAUGCCUGGUGCAUCCUUUGGUAAGGAAGAAAUGCCAAAGCCACGAGGAACAGGGACAUAUUUUCCAAACACGAACCACUACAGGGAUAGGAACAUGACAGGUAGGGGAAGAAAUCAAGCACCAAUGAGUCCUCGUUCCAAUGGUCGAACUGUGACUUCCCAGGAGAAACACUUGCCAGAAAGAAACGGCAGGGACCGUGAGCUGUCACAGGCACAAUAUCACAUGCACCAAGAUGGCGGAAAGCUUGGACCUUCAGAUCUUCAUCACACUGGAUCUCCUGAAACCAAACAUUAUACCAAUGUAAAUGGUUCAAUGCAUCAUUCUGAGAGGGUUGUGGAAUUUGGGUCAAUUGGGCAUCUACCAAUGGGGCCUUCCUCAAUUGAAGGUGGCUGGCAGCCUAACCCAGGUUCUGCACCAGCUCAUAACUAUCGUGUGAGCCAAGCAAUACCAGGAAUGCAAGGGCCAAAACCUGUUUCAGCCAUUAAUCAGGACAGGAUAGCCGUGCAAUCAUACCAUUUGAAAGAUGAUGAUUUCCCCCCUUUAUCUGACUCCAGUGGAAAGGGAAUGCCUGUGCAUAUGGUAAAGAAGCUUGAAAAAUGAGAACAAUAAAUCCUAACCAAACAGCCUAUGUCAGGUUUUUCAAUUAGAUGCCUCUGCGGCAACUUUUAGGAUGCUCAGUGCAUGGAGUUCCAUGUUUUAUUUCGUGUGCCAUUUGUACAUUAUACUAAUGACUCCUGAGCUGUCUUGUUUUUAUGUAUAGAAUUGUCAAAUUAUGAUUUUGGCUCAGGUUUUGUUUUUACCUCCUCCUCUGAUGUAACUUAAAUUGGAAAAAAAAUAGUUUUCUUUUGCAGCUGUAAUUAGAGAACCAUUGCCUUUCGGAA